CUUUUCUUGUGGUGGAGAGGUUACUUGUAGGCUCCAUGACCCUCGUGUAGUCGAUAGGCUUCCAACCCCAGGUCACAGUUUUAUGAUCUGGGUCACGCCAGGUCAUGAAGAUGGUGUUGGCUGCGCUGUGUGUAGGUUCGGGCGUGGGCCGACCUCGACUCCCAACCACAUCCCAACAUUAUAGUCCUACCCAGUUUUCCGAACCCGGCAAGUCCGUCCACGAACCAGAGCUCACCCGGGACUUGGGCCCUAUCCAGCGGCAGGGAGCCGAGGAGCACCCUAGCACGGCAGCCAUCGUCAAGGAUAUGAGGAUAGCCCCUGCCAGAGGCGUGUAUAACAUGGAGGUGGAGACUGGUAAUGGGAUCAGAAUGGUUCAGCAUGUGGAAUCCAGUCAGGUGACCGGCGGCUCCGUCUCCAAGGGUGGUUACUACUUCACCCAUCCUGACGGCACAGUCCAUCAGCUAACCUACGUGGCAGAUGAGAAUGGGUAUCAGCCUUCCUCAGACAUGCUGCCCGUGGCCCCUAUCAACCCACAUCCCAUGCCCGCCCACGCCCUCCAGCAGAUCGAGAAAGCUAAGAGGGAGGACGAACUGAAGGCACGGGAAGCCGAAGCUUCGGAACGCUAUAAGGGACGGGAAGAGGAACUUCUUCAGAAGCAGGGAGCACCACAGGAAGCUCUCCUGGAACAGCGGUACCCACCUCAGUUCCAGCAGGAGCGUCGACAACCCCAGAAGGAAGGGAAGAAAGAGGUGCAGUAUAAAGUGUCGGCUCCUUACCUGAAGGAACAGGUCUCUCAGUAUAAUAAACAGACUCCUCAGUUCAACGAAAGGACCCCUCAGUUUAACGAACAGGUCUUACAAUACAAAGAGCAUGUCCCUGAGUUAGAAGAGCAGGACCAACAAUAUGAGGAGCGAGUUGCUCAGUUACACGAUCAGACUGCACAAUAUAACGAACGAGUCACUGAAUUAGAUCAGGAAACUCAGCAAUAUAAAGGAGGAGUCCCUCAGUUAGACACAUCAGAUGUACCAUAUGUCGAACGAGUCUCUCAUUUAGACGACGAAGCCGCGCAGUAUAACGAACGAGUAUUUCAGUUUGACAAAGAGGCCUCAAAGCACAUCGAGGAUAUCCCUACGUUAGCUGAAGACAGCCCUAUGUACAUCUUUGACUAUGACGAAGCAAUUUCCCAGUAUGAAGGACAACCUUCCCGGUACGACCCAGUGCGCUACGAAUCUGAGUCUUACGUGCAAGAACCGGAAGAAACCCUUUUCUAUCCAGUUGUGGCUAACCAGGAUCCACAUUAUGCCCCAGUCGAGGUUGGCGAGGAGCCAGAACACGUAUCACAACGAACCUCUCAGCUUGCAGUCUACCUUCCUGUUGAGGAUGGCGAGGUGCCUGUGUAUAUCCCUGUCCAUUUACGCGAGGAGCUUGGGUACACUCAGGAUCAAUCUCUAAGUUCCCCUCCUGGUUUGGAACAGCGAAAAGAAGGUGAAGACUCGAAGUCUGUCCAGGCUAAGGAAAGCAAAGAGUCCCCCGACUCUCUCAAAGACUCUCCCUUUCAAAGUGACGAUGAGGCAGUCUUCGUAAAGGAUGUUUCUAGCUUCUCCGCUCAUAGAAUCACAGAGUCUGGGGUAAAUAAAGUCCCGAUCUACAGUGAACCAGAAACUGACCACAUCCAGGCUCGCGAAGAAACGAGAUUCGGCCAUAUCCAGUCCCACGAGAAGCCCGAAUACGAUCGAUUCGAGUCCUAUAUAGAGGAGGAAGAAAGCCAAGCCCAUCCAGAUGUAGAAGGUGACUUUGGCAAAAUCGAAACUAAAUGGAAAACCGAUAAUGACGAGAACCAACAGGAAGCAGAAUACAGAGAAGCUCAAGCACAUGAAGACAGUUAUUAUGAUCAAGACCAAGAGGAAGAUACAUAUGAUGAAGUCCAACCACAGAAGAAAACAGAUCAAGAGGAAGUCAAUACUCAAGUCAAUACUGACUUGGACCAGGUCCAAAUCCACAAACAAACUGAUUAUGAUCAAGUCCAAACUCGUAAGACAACCGAUCACGACCAAGUCCAAACCCAUGAAAUAAGUGAUUAUGAUCAAGUCCCAAACCAUGAAACAAGUGGUUAUGACCAAGUCCAACCGCAUAUAAUGACUGACGAUGAUCAAAUACAAAGCCACAAAAUUAGUGAUUAUGACCAAAUCCAAACUAAAGCAGAAAAUGAUUUUGGGCAAACUCUAGAGGGCAGUGAAUAUGAUGAGUUUCAAGGAAUAAAACAGAAUGAAUAUGACCAAGUCCAAGAGGAAGGUGAAUACCGCCAAGUCCAAGCUCAGAAGAAAUCAGAAUAUAUCCAAAACCAAGUUCUAAAGGAGAAGGAAUAUGACCAAGUCCACGAGGCAGCUGAAUACCUCCCAGUGCAAGACCCAACUGAAAUUGUAUACGACCAAGUUGAAUCUCAAUACGAUCAAGUUCAAGAUCAAGAAAGAGAUGAUUCUGAACAAGUUCAAAAUAAAGUUCAGCCUUAUGAAAAACUUAGUGACGAUCAAGUUGGAAAAACUGAGAAAUUGGUUCACGUCCGGCUUCAGUCCCAUGAAGGACCCGUACAUGACUUUAGCCACGUCCAAAAGGAAUCAGAAUACUUCCCAGUUCGGACCGUAGAAGAUCCGGAGUUCGACCAAGCUCAACAGGAACCAGAAAACCCCCAAAUUCAGACCAUAGAAGAUCCGGAGUUCGACCAAACCCAACAGGAACGAGAACACUCUCCAGUUUGGACCAGAGAAGAGCCGGAGCUUGACAAAGUCCAAGAAACGCCAGAAUAUACUGGAGUUCGGGAGGUAAACAAGCCUGAAUUCGCUCCUCUCUUACAGGAACCAAAACAAGGUUUUGUUCCGACCACAGAGGAGCCGAAAUUCGACCAAGUUCCACAGGAAAUGAAGCACACCCAAGAUUGGAUUGGAGAUGCGGCAGAAGUAGAUCAAGUUAAACAGGAAGGAGAACACAUCGAAGAUCGGAUUCUCGUGGCCUUGGAAGAUGAACAAAUCCAUGAACUUUUGGACCAUGAUUAUAGUCCAACAAUUUCUCAAGAAGAAAUAGAAAAUGAGCAGGCUCAAAGCCAGGCAGAAUCCGAAAUUAUCAAGGUUCAGCGAAGCGAUGUACUCGAAGACACUAAGGCUCAGGAAAAGUCUGAAUCUCAGGAAGUCCAAAUUCGAGAGGUCACUUCGAGCAGAGAGGAACCCAAAUCUGAGCCUGAGCCACAGGGACAGCCUGAACCCGAGGUAGAUCCUAAACCCGAGGUAGAUCCUAAACCCGAGGCAGAACCUGAACCCGAGGUGGAGCCAGAACCUACCAUCGCUGCCGGAGAAGGAUCUGAGGAAGAGGAGUACGAUGCCCUACAUCUGGCUGCCUCUGACCUGGUGUCCUCCCUCAACGCUGCUCCUGUAGACGAGUGACCGAUACCACCCCCUGUCGAGCAGUGACUAACGUCGCUCCUGUAGUGAAGUGACUGACGCUGCUCUUGUAGAAGAGUGACUGAUAGAAGAGUGACUGAUGCCAUUCCUACAGACGAAUGAGUGACUCUUGUACAGCUAAUCUUAGCUAAGAUCUACGAAGAGAAGAGUUUUUACUGCACUAUAACGUUAGAUCUUCCCCUUUAUAGUGUACAAACUCCGGGAUUUUAGCGCUGAAGAGAAGUCCUCAUCACAUACACAGUGUAACAGAGGAGGUCAACGUUAUUACUAGUGGCAUAUUUAAUCUUUUUUCAAUUUUUUUUCUAUAGAGAAUCUGCUAUUUAUAAUAAAGGAUGCUAUUCUCUAGCGACCUCCUGGUAGGUCCAAGAGCUGGAGGCUUCACGUGGCUCCCCCCCAGUAUACUUGUAGUCGUAGGGGGACACGUACCUCCCGCUACCCUGGGAAGUCCAAGCUGGGAAAAAUUUACUGACACUAGAGUCUCCCAAGAUCAUUACUGUAUCCGUAUGAGUGGAGGAAGACUCUGGGUGCAUAGACUCUUCUCCCCUUCCUUGGCUCAAACCUGAUUAUCCCUUCAUUCCCCAGACCCUGUAUGACCCCUACGGGUUUGCCGCUUCCCCAUGAAUGCACUACCAAUAACGUACACUCUCCGGCUCAUUACAUUAUUACUCACGAAAUCGUAAUAACAUGAAGGGUUUACGCAGUGGCCUGGAGUUUAACAAUUCACUCGCCAGUGGUUCAAACCUCACCCGUUCCAUGGUUUAUUAUUAUUAUUAUUAUUAUUAUUAUUAUGCGAUAGAGAGAACAUUAAAUUUGAAGGGGAAUGGGAGGCAUUCAGGCUUGAACCAAGGAAUAGUAGAAUAACUCCCAUUCCUUAGAUCAAGAACCCGUCACGAGCAACAAGGUUCCUCACCCUUCCCCCGAGUGUACGGCUUCUUCAGCGAAUGCUUCGCACUUCAGGAAAAGUGCCACCAGAUGGCGUCUGGGAGUGAAUAUAUACUAUUUUUACACUCCCAGGCUGACGGCAAGAAAAAUAUUGGUAACUUAAAUUCCAUAGAAACGAGAAAUAUAAAAAAAUAGGACGCACUUGGGGUGUCAGGAAAUACCGCCUGUGUCCUGAAGACCAUUGCUUCCCCAUCCGUGGUCUUGUGGAUACAGUCCCUGGUCUUGUGGAUACAGUCCCUGGUGUUGUGGAUACAGUCCCUGGUGUUGUGGAUACAGUCCCUGGUGUUGUGGAUACAGUCCCUGGUGUUGUGGAUACAGUCCCUGGUGUUGUGGGAUACAGUCCCUGGUGUUGUGGAUACAGUCCCUGGUGUUGUGGAUACAGUCCCUGGUGUUGUGGAUACAGUCCCUGGUGUUGUGGAUACAGUCCCUGGUGUUGUGGAUACAGUCCCUGGUGUUGUGGAUACAGUCCCUGGUGUUGUGGAUACAGUUAUGGUCUUGUGAAUACAGUCCUUGGUCUUGUGGAUACAGUCAUGACUGAUGACAGACUCUGUCUCUAGUAUUCCUUGUCUAACACAUUGACAGUCCUGUCCAUAAAUUAUAUAAGUCACAAAGCUGCUAGCUAGGUCAUGUAUCUGCUAGCUAAGUCAUGCAGCUGUCAGCUUGGUCAUGCAGCUGCUAGCUAGGUCAUGUAUCUGCCAUCUAGAUCAUGCACCUGUCAGCUUGGUCAUGCUGCUGCCGGUUAGAUCAUGGAGCUGUCAGCUAGAUCAUGCAGCUGUCAGCUAGAUCAUGCAGCUGUCAGCUAGGUCAUACAGCUGCUAGCUAGAUCAUGCUGCUACAUCAUACAAGAGAGCGCUGGUCGUUCUUCCAAGAAAUCUCUUCGGGUGUCGAGCGUUGUCACCCCGUGCGUAUUUACUGUG